CCCCGCCCCCCUCCUCUGGCCGCCACCAGCAGCAAGCGAGGACCCAGCGACGCUAGCUUGGAUUGGAUCCAUUACAUGGACACCCCGCAAAAGAAGGCUGGAUCCACGGGCAGGAAGAUAGCGUCUCCGUGCCCGGAUGCUGUCCGGCUGGUCAGCCAGCGGACACUCUCCACCGGCUGCUUCUUCCUCGUCAUCUUCGCACUCGACCACGCUUUCGACCACUUCAAUUUCCAAAUCCCGUGCAGCCCGUCCGGGAUCUUUCUGCGGUGCGUCGAGCCCACGGACGCGGUGGCCCUUGCCAACGCCGCCGCGGAAAGCGCCGGCUGGAUCGGGAUGCUAUGGUGCGGCGCGGCACAGACGGCCGCGGCCACGCUGGCUCUGCAUCUCCCAUGCCGCUACCGCCGGGUCCGCCGCGCCCUCGCCUACAUCGCCCGCGCGCUCGCCAUCGUCGGCCACAGCCUGUACGCCCGCGCCACCGUCCUCCUCUACGCCGCGGACCCAGGAUCCCUCUUCGCCGUGAUGGGCUGGACCCUGAUCAUAGUCUUCUUGGCGGUGUUCGACCUCCUCUGCUUCCUGAUCCUCAUGCUGGGACGUGAGGUGAGGACUGAGUGCGACUGAUGAUUAGGGCAAAGCAAUUGAUCGAGUGUGGUGAAUCUAGCUAGCUGCUGUCGCAGUGUUAAUUCUUGUUGAUUGAUACUAGUCACUACUACCACUUACUACCCAGUCCACCAGAUGGGCUAUAUAAUUACUUAAUUAGUACUUUGUAUUGAUCGUGGUCACUCUU